UCAUUUUGAUGAAAAAUUUUGGCAGAGUUUGUUAUGGUUCAAAGGGAAAGGGAAUAGCGAAAUGUAACGUGUGAUCUAUUCUCUCACAUUCUUCUGCGUUUGCAUUUCCUCUUUCCCUUUGUCCCCUCUGUCCUCGUGCGCUUCCUCCCAACUAUUUGCUGUUUGGUUUCAACCUCAAUACCUGUCUCUCUCGAACACCAACAUAGCUCACAGAUCCUCAAUUUCUGCUAAUCUAAGAACCCGUUUUUUUAUUCGCCUUCACAUGCAUCAUUUUGUUCUGUCUAUUCUCUCCUCUGGUGAUCUGGUACCUCGGUGUUGUCAAUUUGAGUGAAGAUCUUAGCUCGUGAUUGUGUGUUUGUGGUUUUUGCGGGAAUUAUGAAGACAUCAAUUUGAGGUUAGUUAGCACCUAAGUUUACACAGUGAAUGUGGAUAAUGGAUAUUCCCGAGGUUGAAGAAAAUCUAUUUGCAGCAAGCGAUGCCAAGUUACAUGGAGAAAUGUGCAAGUCUCUUUCGGCAAUACACUGCAAGAUAUUGUUAUUAUUCCCUUCUUUAGAAGCAGCUAGGCCUAGGAGCAAAUCUGGAAUUCAGGCAUUAUGCUCAUUGCAUGUAGCCUUAGAAAAGACAAAGAAUGUUCUUCGACACUGCUCAGAGUCGAGUAAACUUUACUUGGCUAUAACCGCAGAUUCUGUUCUUCUAAAAUUUGAAAAGGCUAAAUGUGCUCUUGGGGAUAGUCUUAAUGGGGUGAAAGAUAUUGUUCCUCAAUCUAUUGGUUGUCAGAUUGAUGAAAUUGUGAAUGAACUUGCAAAUACGGUAUUUGCACUUGAUCCAUCAGAGAAGCAAGUUGGUGAUGAUUUAAUUGCAUUGCUUCAAAAGGGAAGAAAGCUUAAUGAUUCUAAUGACAGUAGUGAACUUGAAUGCUUUCAUCUAGCUGCUACUACUAUUGGAAUCACUUCUUCAAGAGCCGCUCUUGCAGAAAGAAGAUCUCUUAGAAAACUCAUAGAAAGAGCUCGAGCUGAGGAUGACAAGCGGAAAGAAUCAAUUAUUGCUUACCUUUUACACCUUAUGAGGAAAUAUUCCAAAUUAUUUAGAAGUGAGUUCUCUGAUGAUAAUGAUUCUCAGGGUUCUCAACCUUGUUCUCCCACUGUUCAGAGAUCUCUUGAGGAUGGCAUUACCGGUGGUCAUUUGCAUGUCUUUGACAGGCAGCUUUCAAAACUUAGUUCCUUUAACUUUAAGCCUAGUAAUAGGGAAUCAGGGCAGAUGCUCGUUUUGCCUGAAGAGUUACGAUGCCCAAUAUCUCUACAACUUAUGAGUGAUCCUGUUAUAAUUGCUUCUGGGCAAACAUAUGAAAGGGUUUGCAUUGAGAAGUGGUUCAGAGAUGGGCACAAGACCUGCCCAAAGACACAACAGAAACUUUCACAUCUUUCUUUGACUCCUAAUUACUGUGUGAAGGGUCUUGUGGCUAGUUGGUGUGAACAGAAUGGAGUUCCUAUUCCUGAAAGCCCUCCAGAAUCUCUUGAUUUUAACUACUGGAGAUUGGCGUUAUCAGAUACUGAAUCCACAAAUUCAAGAUCUGCAAACAGUGUUGGCUCUUGCAAGUUGAAGGGUAUCAAAGUUGUUCCUGUAGAAGAAGAGAGUGGUAUCUCAGAGGAAAUGGGGGGGAAUGCAGCUGAGGGCCUUUCUGCACAAGAGGAAGAAGAUCAUGAACGGUAUCUUAGUUUUCUUAAAGUCUUGUCAGAAGGGAACAAUUGGAAGAGGAAGUGCAAAGUUGUUGAACAUUUGAGGUUGUUGCUGCGGGACGAUGAGGAAGCCAGGAUUUUUAUGGGGGCUAAUGGAUUUGUUGAUGCACUUAUUCAGUUUCUGCAAUCAGCCGUGCAUGAAGGGAAUGUGAUGGCUCUUGAAAAUGGAGCCAUGGCUCUGUUCAACCUGGCUGUGAAUAACAACAGAAAUAAGGAAAUUAUGAUAUCAGCAGGAAUCUUAUCACUGUUGGAGGAAAUGAUAUCAAAAACUAGUUCCCAUGGUUGUGUAGCCGCCCUGUAUCUGAAUCUUUCUUGCCUUGAAGAAGCCAAGGACGUGAUUGGCACGAGUCAGGCUGUCCAGUUCCUUAUCCAGAUUCUUCACGCCAAGACAGAAGUCCAGUGCAAGAUAGAUUCCCUCCAUGCACUCUAUAAUAUUUCUACAUUGUCCUCCAACAUUCCACAUCUCCUUUCAUCUGGCAUCAUUGAAAGCCUACGAUCCAUUCUUGUAGACCAGGGUGAUUGCAGUUUGACAGAAAAAUGCCUUGCUGUUUUGAUAAAUUUGGCUGUCUCUCCAGCAGGAAGAGAGCAAAUGAUUUUGGCUCCUGCACUCAUAAGUGCCUUGGCGUCCACGCUGGAUACUGGUAAGCUCACAGAGCAGGAGCAAGCUGCAUCUUGUCUCCUAAUUUUGUGUAACAGGAGUGAGGAAUGCUGUGAGAUGGUCUUGCAAGAAGGCGUUAUCCCUGCGUUGGUGUCAUUAUCUGUAAAUGGAACCUCGAGAGGGAGAGAAAAGGCUCAGAAACUUUUGACGGUCUUCCGAGAGCAGCGUCAACGGGACCAUUCACCUGUUGAGACAAAUCAAUGUGAACCUGAAAGUAGUGAUUUCUCUAUGCCUCCUCCUGAAACCAAACCGUUAUGUAAAUCAAUAUCCAGAAGAAAGGUGGUAGGGAAAGCUUUUAGAUUUCUCUGGAAAAGCAAGAGCUAUUCUGUUUACCAGUGUUAAGUCUCAUGUAAAUUUCUGUUCGAUUCUUAACUUUUAUGGCCCUGCUUUUCACCCUCUCACCCGUUUCCACGGGUGCUACUUGCUUUUUGGUUCCAAAGAAGAGAUGUACAGGCAUGUGUUAUUUAUGGGUUUUUUUUUUCUCAUCCA